AAUAGCUAAUAAAAUUUUAGUUUAAAGCUAAUUUCAUUGGUUGAGUGUGUACAGAGAAACAGAUUGCAGAUGGUAUAAAUAGUCGUCUGUAAAAACACAGCAUAGAACAAAAUAAAACACAAUUGGUGGGAAUAAUGCAGAUUAUUUGGCUAUUCUACCUGUCAUCACUUCAUAUCUGCGUACAAAGUGUCAUCUCACAACCAGCGAAUGCAGAUCUUCAGAAAUUACUUCGACUACACAAUGACUAUAGACAUAAGCUGAUGAAUUGUGAAUUGGAAAAUCAACCGCCGGCUAAAUAUCUUCCAGAUCUUCAAUGGGACAAUGAACUCGCCCAACGUGCUCAAAAAUUAGCAGAUUCUUGUUCAUUUGAAUAUGACGACAUUGAAUUGCCUAAAUACAAACAUGUUGGACAAAGUAUUGCCAGUCAAGCAACUGUUGAACAAGCUGUAGAAUCUUGGUUUGAAGAGUAUAAAAAUUAUGAUUAUAGCACACACGCUUGUCAUGAUAGCUGCGUACAUUAUACACAGAUGGUCUGGGAGAAUACUACACAUCUUGGAUGUGGUGUGAAAGAUUGUCGUCAAAGGCCUGGAUAUCGAUUAUCCAUAGUCUGUAAUUAUGGUGAAGGUGCUAAUUUGAAAAACGGGCGUCUUUAUCAAGCAAAGCCACGAAGUGAAUGUGAUCAACAACAGGUUCCAGCUCGAAUAACACCCAAGCCAACUAUCGCCACCACCACAACAACAACAACAAGAACAACAGCACCGACUCAAAAGCCAUCCCAUACAAAGAAAACACCCGAGCCUGAGUGGACACAACUCAAAUCCACCUGGAGUCAAUACGCCGCUGCUCAGGAUCUUCAAGGAAAUAUAGCACAAACAUGUAUUUGUUUUGACUGAGUGAGGAGAAAUGCAGCAGUAAUUCCCUCAUAUAAUUUAAUUGAUAUUCUUUCUCGAAUAAAGUUUAUUUUUGGAAACUCAA